AUGUAUCCGAACCUAUUUGGUUUAGAGUACAUAACAACACCAGAAGCAGUGGCUGUUGGAGGAGAUGGGGCUCUAGCAUGGUUUGAAUGGGAGAAAACCUUGACGGAGGAGCUCAUGCAGAAAAUUGUUUCAAUCAGUGUUAGAAAUUCUUCCUUCGACCUUUUCAUGGCCAUGGAUUCAGGAGUAAAGAAAAGCUAUGGCCGCCAAAAGAUCGAGAUGAAGAAAAUGAGCAACGAGAGCAAUCUCCAAGUCACCUUCUCAAAGCGCCGUAGCGGACUCUUCAAGAAGGCCAGUGAGCUUUGCACUCUCUGUGGUGCUGAGGUGGCACUUGUUGUGUUCUCCCCGGGAGAGAAGGUUUUCUCCUUCGGCCACCCCAACGUGGAGGCUGUGAUCGACCGCUACCUCGCGCGGGCUCCACCUCACGACUUGGGUACCAUGCAGUUCAUCGAGGCCCACCGACUGGCUCACGUGCGUGAGCUCAACGCGCAGCUGACUCAGAUCAACGCCCAGCUGGAGGCCGUGAGGCAGCGGGGAGAGGAGCUGAAUGGUAUGAAGAAGGACGCCCAGGCCCAGAUGUGGUGGGCUCAGUCCAUCGAGAAGAUGAGCCCAGCACAGUUGGAGCAGUACAAGACGGCGUUGGAGGAUCUGAAGAAACUGGUUGCGCGUCUUGCUGACAGGGCCAUGCUGCAGAGUGCGACAAACCAGGGUCAUCAGUUUUUCCCCGGGGCUCCUUCCUCUUCCAAUCUGGUGCAUCAGCCACACCCUCCUCAGUUGUUCCCCCCACCGCUGAUGCAGCCACCCAUGUUUCAGAACUUCAUGUUUCCUGAUGGGAGCAUGGUAAGCCACCAUGGGUUUAAUCACAUGGGAAUGGGAGGAUAUGCACCUGGCCCUGGCCCUGGACCUGCUGGUGGUUUCUUUUGA